AUGGGGAGUGGAGAUAAACACCAUUUGAAUUUCCAUAUUCACUUGCCAAACCUCCACUUCCACCACCACCACCAUGAUGAGAGGAAAGAGUUGAAGGAUAUCCCAAAAGGGUGUCUUGCCGUCAUGGUAGGUCAAUCAGAGGAGGAGCAGCAGAGGUUCGUGAUUCCUGUGAUUUAUAUAAAUCACCCACUCUUCAUGCAAUUGUUGAAAGAAGCUGAGGAAGAGUAUGGAUUUGAUCAGCAAGGCCCCAUCGCCAUUCCUUGCCAUGUUGAGGAGUUUCGCAAUGUUCAAGGCAUGAUUGAAGAGGAAAAUUCCCAUGAUCAUCACCACCAUCACCAUAACCAUCAUCAUCAUAUUUGGUGCUUUAGGGUUUGA